CAAAUAGAGUUAAUGUAAGUCGGAAAUGCCGACAUUUUGAUUGCCAUUUACCAACGCAAAGCUAUCGACAUCGGGCGUCGAUUGUUAUACGGCUUGUGUGGUGUAUGUGAAUUGCGUAUUUACGUGCUUACGUUAUUUGUAAUAAUCGUUUAUUUUCAUUACAUAUUUUCAGAAAAGAAUGCAAAUGCAAGCUAUGAAUCAGUUUGGUAAUCAGCGAGGAUUUGGUGGUCCACCUCAACCCCAAAGGCAAGGCGGGCGUCGUGGAAAUAAUAGGGGAUUUCGUAAUUCAAGAUUUGAGCAUAAUCAGAGGAACCAAAAUCAAGGUGUAGGAGGUCAACGGCCUAGCAAUGAGCAUCAACAGCAAAAUCAAACACAACAGCAAAAUAUGCAACAACCUAAGCCACUUAUGCAGCAGAAAACUGAGCCUGCUAACCAGCCACCGGCCAAACCACAACAACAACAGCAACAACAACCACAAAAUCAACAACAACCCCAGCAACAAAAGCAACCAACCACACCUCAACAGAAGCAACCUCAGCAGCAACAACAACCUCAACAGCAGCAGCCACAACAGCAACAAACGCAACAACAGAAGCCUCCACAGAAUACUCCAACCAAAGUGGAAUCUCAGGACCAAGUUGACAAAGAUAUGACUGUUGAUCAUAAGAAUCAGAACAACCAAAAUAAUCAACCUCAGCAACAGAAAAAGAAUGUAAAUGGUAAUUUCUGGGGAAAUAAGCAGUGGAACCAAGGUCAAGCUGGUUAUGGAAACAAGCAGGGGAACACGCCAUUUGGACCCAGAGCUGGUGGCGGUGGUGCAGGACCAGCACGUAAUCAACAACGAAACAACAGUGUAAGAGGCCAAGCUGGUCAUGACAAACAACCUAUGAGAGAGGAAAUGAUUUUGGCCAAUAAGUUAAAAGACUUGGCUGGGCCACUCAUUGACCUGCCACAGAUUGAUCAGCCAGAAGUAAAGUUUAAUGGAAGAAGUCGUUUGUACAUUGGAAACCUCACAAAUGAUGUAACAGAGGAAGAAAUUCAAGCAUUAUUUGCUCCAUUUGGUGAAUCAGCAGAACUAUUUUUGAACAAAGAAAAAAACUUUGGUUUUAUUAAGAUGGAUUAUAGGGUAAAUGCAGAAAGAGCAAAACGUGAGUUGGAUGGCAAAAUGAGAGGAAAUAGAACUUUAAGGGUUAGGUUUGCGCCGCACAACAGUGCCGUGCGAGUAAAGAAUUUGCCGCCUUUCGUGUCCAAUGAACUCCUCUAUCGAGCCUUUGAAAUAUUUGGAAAAAUCGAAAGGGCAUAUGUUCGAGUAGACGAAAGGGGAAAAACCUUGGGCGAGGGUGUCGUUGAAUUUGCGCGCAAACCUAGCGCUUUGGCUGCCAUCCGUAACUGUACUGAUAAAUGCUUCUUUUUAACGUCGUCCCUCCGACCAGUGAUUGUGGAAAGCUUUGAGGAACCAGAUGAAUUUGAUGGUUACCCAGAGAAGAAUUUGCCCAAGAAACACCCAGAAUUUUUAAGAGCUCGUGAGCUCGGACCCAGAUUUUCGGAGUCCGGUAGUUUUGAACAUGAAUAUGGUACAAGAUGGAAGCAGUUACACGAACUGCAUCGUCAAAAGGAAGAGGCUCUGAAAAAGGAACUGGCCGCCGAAGAAGAGAAAUUAGAGGCCCAGAUGGAAUAUGCCAAGUACGAGCACGAGACGGAGCUGCUGCGCGAGCAGCUGCGCCAGCGCGAGCAGGACCGCGAGCGCCAGAAGCGCAGCUGGGAGCUGGCCGAGCGCGCCGCCGACGAGCGCCGCGACGCCGAGCGCGCGCAGCUGCAGCGCUCCGAGAGCGAGCUGGCGCAGCGCAUGCGCCUGCAGGACGACGAGCUGCGCCGCCGCCAGCAGGAGAACACGCUCUUCGUGCAGGCACAACGGUUAAAUUCAAUGUUGGACCGUCAAGAACAGGGCAUGUUUGACCAACAACAACCUAUGGAUGGAGGCUUCAGAGACCAGUACGACAUGGCCCGCGGAAGUUAUGAGGACAUGCCGCCAAGCCGCGGUUGGGAGGGACCGCGCCAAAUGGACGAUUACCCGAAUAAACGUCGUCGGUUCUAACUUGCUCGGAAUACUGUGCGAGAGUUGCAUUCGUAUUUACGUCGGCGGAUGACUGCGAAAUAUAUUGUUUCGGUCGUUGGUUAGUUACAAAUAAGGGAUUUAUAUGAAAACUGUUUGUCCAAGGAACAUAUUAUUCAAAAUAGAUUCCGAGGUUAUAAAUUCAUUGAUGCGCCAAUUUUUAUCGUGUUGGCGGUACAAAAGCAAAGGGGUGGGUCCUAUCAGUAAUUAAUUUAUAUUCGGGUGACUUUUUUUCGAGGGCAUAUGAGGCUAAAAUCUAAAUAUCUAUGAGUAUGUUUUUUCAGAUUUCGUGCAUGAUUUAAUAAAUAAUAAAAUCUGUAUUGUUUUGAAACUUGAAUCGGUCUCAGAAUAAAUUAAUAAAAGAAAAACAUAUUAAUUUACCAAUCAUAAAACCCCGACCCUUUUGGUUGGUGAGUUUGUCCGAAAGAACGAGUGGAGGAUCGACAUGAGACCGCUCUACCGUAGAAUUCAGCAUUUUGUCUCAAACGUCAAAAAGAGUCUGUUUGCACUGCGCUUUACAAAACAGAAACAACGAAUAUAAUAAAAUUUCGCAUAUUGAUUUAAACAAUUCAUUACUACAUACAGCAACUGCUUGCGUGUGGUAGUAGACAUUAUAUUUCAUAAAGCCUUAUUACUCCACAGAUAAUUUAAUUACUUUUUCAUAGGUUUUCAACAAGGUUUGACUCUUAUAGCUAUGUGGUGAAAAACUUUGAAAAUUUCAAAUUACACAUAACACACGGUGAAAUAUUGAUAAGUUUCUGGGGAGUUGUUUUCAUGUCUGUAAUACUUUAGAUUUUGGUCCUGAACAUCUAAAUGUGCUCGGAAAAAAAAACAUCCCCGUAUAACUCGGUUUUCUCCUGAGUGCUGAGUGAAGAUAACCCUAGGAUUAAUAUUUUUUAUGGAUAAAAGAGAAAAUGCUGAAAUCAGGUGUAAUGUACGAAAUUCUUAUAUUAUUAAAAAUCAUAAAAGUUUUUAUGAUUCUAUUUGGCGACAAGGAUAAAAAGUAUUCGCUUAUAUUAUGAUGUCUCUUAUUUGGGCUAACUGAAGACUAUUUCUUGCAAUAAAAUUAUGUAUUACUAAAAUUAUACGUCUGUAAGUAAAUUGACACACACAUGUAGAGAAUUCUCUGUAAUAUAAGUAUUUAGGUAAAUUUAGUUUUAUUCUUAACAUUCUGACACUUGAUAAUAUUACAGAAUUACAAUUUAAAGUAAAGUAAUUAUUUACACAAAUAACUUAGUUACAUGUUUCCGAAACCACCAUAAUUUGUAUGUGAGAUCACAAGCGUCAUUGCAUUUUAUUUAUUUGCACUUAUAUAUUUGUUGGUGGUCUCAACUUAGCCAUCUGUAAUGAUAAUGAGUUAUGUACUUGCAGUUUUUAAUAAAUCUGAAUGUGUGCUUAUCUCAUUCAUAAGUAUUUGUUUAAGUUGGGAUAAUGAUCAAUUUUAGUUUUAAAGAAUAUUUAUAACUUACAAAACAUGCACUAUGUGAUAUCGUUUACAAACGUGCGUUUAAAUUUUGUGCCACGUUUCAUUUCAUAUUGUGGUUUAACAUGAAUACACCUAGUUACUGACCCCGAGGCUCAAGCUAACUAGAGCCUUUUACAGGCGCCGUUCGUUUGCAUUAGUCAGUCGGUUUGCAUCAGUAUGUAACAUAACGAAAGGAUCUCGAAACUCUUAUGGUAUGUUUAUAUACGUUUAAUACGAUCUAAUUUUUUCUUACUUUCCUAAUAUCCAUGCCUGUCAACGUAUGUUGUAUAUAACCUUAUACUUAAAUAAUUAAUACUUUUUAAGUGUAAAAAUGAUACUAAAUAACUAUCGUAUUUAGAAGUUGGAACAAACGCGGUAGUGACGGCACUUAACUUUGAAAUCAAUCUAACCUAUUCAUACAAUUCGUUUUAUUAACUGUCUUACAGAUAAUUAUUGUAUAGGCAGACUUUUAAGAAAUGUUAAUUGCAAAAUAAAAUGAACUGAUUAUUUGCCUAUUAUUACUUAAUAACUAAAGCUUAUAAGUUCGAUAGUAAAAAAAACGAAUUGUAUUAAAUAACUCAUUAAGAAAUUAUAAUAUUUAUUACGUCUAAAAUCAACAAUGUGUAAAUUAUUUCCACGAUUCAUUUUAAAUUUUGAGAAGCGGUUGUCGAUUUCUUUACUAAAUAUAACUGUAAUUAAAUAAUUGAGAUAGUUUAUAUAGAUUGAUACGCCACAUUUUAACCUAAGUUAUACAUACCUAGUAUUAUCAUUUACGUAUAAAAUAUCAAUAUAACACGCUUUUAUCAAAAUAUGUAUAACGCACUUGUCAAUCUAACGCUUCGUUAACCCUGAGAGGUUCCAUUCUUCCUGUUUUGUAACACGUUUGAAUCGGAACAGGAUGUAAGCUUAAUUAACUCCUCUACCAUUACCGGGUCAGUAUUAAAUGAUGCUUGGUUUAUGCUCCCAGGUUUAAACUAUCUGUAUCUUCAUUAAGCAUUAUACAACUGUGUAGCUAUUAUAGGCCCCAAAUCUGGAUUCAUGACAUUCAAGAUUUUUGAUUCGUGUAUGGAAUGAACUGAAAACUUAACCUUUGUUUUAAUAAUAUCAGAUAGUUAGAAAACAAAAUUUACUACGUUUUUACCCUUUGUUAUGUUCCGGGAAUUUUAUUAUUUUUACUUGUACAUUCUUGGAGCUUUUACCCUACUUAAGAACUAAUGAGUUGCUUUAUAAAUGUUUGCUUUUCGUUAUGGUACGUAUUGAAUAAGAUAAAAAAAAAUCUGCUUGAAAGGAGAUUGGAAUGUUCGUUUUGACGUCUACUUGUGCUUGGAGAUUAUGUAGAGGGUAAAGCCCCGUCUUAUUCAUUAGGAAACUAUUGAUGUAUAGCAUGUUUUUUAUAUUGAAAUUACUGUCUUAAUUUGUAAUUUGGUUUAAAUUAAAUAAUCUAUUAUAUAAUGUGUACGUGAAGCAUAUUUAUGUCAUGCAUUGCCGCGUCUGUUAUACAUGGUUCCGUCACAUGUUGUCUAGUGAAUACGAUGCCUGUGUAGUUUCUAAUUGAGUGCAAAUUUUAACUUUAAAAUUAUAAUAUUAAAUGAAUAUACUAGUACAUAAAGAAAA